UCAGACAACACAUUGUCUGGGCAUGAAUCACAGCUGUAGUAUAAAAACAGCAGAACUCAAGACGUUUCUGUUAUCUGAGAUCACUGAACACCCUGCGGUUCAUCAGUCUCAGCCAUGUCUAAGCUCGAGGCAGCCAUUGACGCUAUAGUGAAGGUGUUUGAGGAGUAUGCUGGAACAGAUGACAACAAGAAAAGUCUCAGCAAUGCAGAACUCAAAGAGCUGAUAAACAAAGAACUGAGCAAUCCUGAUUUUCAGAGUAAGAUUGACAAAGAGGACAUUGACGAAGCUCUGGAAAAUAUCGACAAGAACCACGAUGGCCAGGUCAACUUCAAGGAGUUCAGUCAGUGCGUGGCUCUUCUCGCCAAGGGCUGCUUCAAGAAGAAGUACGGCAAGGACAAGGGCAAAGACAAGGACAAGGGCAAAGACAAGGGUCAUCGCUAAGUCGAACAAUAAAGCCCUUCAUUCAUGCUCUCUCUCUCUAUAUAUAUACAUGCAUACAUACAUUCCCCUCCUUGAAUUAUCCAUCAUUGAAAUAUACAGCUAAUAAAGCAUGAGUAA